AUGGCUGAUCAAACGUAUGAAGGGCUAAAGCAGCAAUUAUUACAGACACUUAAUCCAACUACACAAAAAGAAGCUGCUUUCAAUUUAUCACAAGUCGAAGUUCAGCCUGGAUUUCCUUUGGUUCUAUUAAAGUUGAUUAGUGAUGGAGCAGCGGAUGGGACACUUCGAAUGGCUGCUGCCAUUUAUUUCAAGAAUUAUGUCAAACGACACUGGGUUCCUGAUAAUGACCAAGCUGUUGAUGUCAUUCAAGAACCUGAUCGUGUUGCAAUCAAGAGUCAAAUUGUUCAACUCAUGAUUACAGUGCCUGAAAAGAUUCAAUACCAAAUCAGUGAUGCUUUAACAUUGAUUGCUGCUUCUGACUUUCCUAAUCGUUGGGAAGGUUUAUUACCUGAAUUGAUUUCAAAGCUCAGCGCUACGGAUUAUAUUGUCAAUAACGGUAUUCUCAGUACAGCACAUUCGAUUUUCAAGAGGUGGAGAUCAGCAUUUAGAAGCGAUGAUUUGUUUGCAGACAUCAAGUAUGUCUUGACCUUGUUCUGUGAGCCUUACUUUCAACUCUUUCAAAUCACGGACAAAUUAAUCCAAGAAAACGCCAAUAAUCUCGCCGCCCUUCAGAUCUUGUCACGCUCGCUCAUUUUGCUCAUCAAGAUAUUCUAUGACUUAAACUGUCAAGAUCUUCCCGAAUUCUUUGAAGACAAUAUGGCUGCAUUUAUGACUUUGUUUGAAAAAUACCUCAUUUAUCACAACCCUCUGUUGGCCACAGACGAUGAAGAAGAGGAAGGACCCUUGGAACAGAUCAGAACCCAGAUUUGCUCCGUGUUGGAACUCUAUGCCUCUCGUUACGAUGAGUCUUAUGAACUCUUACCACCUUUUGUACCCAUCAUUGUCAAUUUGCUGACCAGCACUGGAAAUGAAAUCAAAUAUGAUAAUUUGAUCUGUAAAGCAUUUUCUGUCUUGACCAUCUUUGUUCGACUUGAAACACUCAAACCUAUCUUUGACAAUGAGGACGCGUUGAAGAAUAUGUGUGAAAAGAUUGCGCUACCCAACAUGGCUAUUCGAACUGUUGAUGAGGAACUGUUUGAGGAUAAUCCCAUAGAGUACAUUCGCAGAGAUUUAGAAGGAUCAGACACGGAUACACGUCGUCGAGCUGCGGCUGAUUUCAUCAAGGGCCUCUUGGAACGUUACGAGGCAGCAGUGACCAAGAUCAUGAGCGAGCACAUUUACAACUACUUGAUGACGUACAACAGCAAUCCAACCAUGAACUGGAGAUACAAAAACACGGCUAUUUUCGUGUCUGUAGCCAUCUCAUCUCUUUCGUCUACAGCACAGCAAGGUGUCACUAAGGUCAAUGCGUUGGUGGACGUGAUCAACUUCUUUUCUCAGCAUGUAUUGGUCGACUUGCAAUCCGAUGUCAACAGCGAGUUACCCAUCCUGAAAGUAGACGCGAUCAAAUACGUGUAUACCUUUAGAAACCAGCUGACAAAGGAACAACUCUUGACCGUCUUUCCUCUGCUUGUCAAACACCUUGAAUCAUCCAACUAUGUCGUCUAUACCUAUGCUGCUAUUGCAAUCGAACGUAUCCUGUUCAUUCGACAAGGAAAGAUGAUGCUCUUUACCUCGGAAGACAUCAAACCCUAUGCAGAAACUCUUCUUUCACAACUCUUUAGAUUGAUCGAACUCGGCCAGACACCCGAAAAGUUAUCAGAAAACGAUUAUCUGAUGAAAGCCGUGAUGCGUGUGAUCAUCAUCAGCCGAAGCGACAUGAUCCCCUAUGUGAACGUGAUCAUGGGCAAACUGACCCAGAUCUUGUCGGUUGUCAGCAAGAACCCAAGUAACCCACGAUUCAACCACUACAUCUUUGAGAGUAUUGGUGCUUUGAUCCGAUUCAUCUGUCCCACAUCGCCUGCAGCCCUUGAAGAGUUUGAAAAGAUGUGUUUUGGCCCCUUCCAGACGAUCCUGUCCCAAGACGUUCAAGAAUUCUCGCCCUACGUCUUUCAGUUGUUGGCGCAACUCUUGGAACAGCACAAGGGCACGGAGCUGACUCCUUCUUACAUCGCCCUUUUGACCCCCGUGCUCAAUCCUGGUCUUUGGGAACAAGGAAAUAUCCCUGCUCUCGUUCGAUUGGUUCAGGCCUAUCUCGAUAAAGGUGCUACUACGAUUUUGUCCAAUAACCAACUGGAGCCCAUCCUCGGUAUCUUUCAACAGAAACUGGUUUAUUCUCGUCAAUUUGAUCAGUAUGCCAUGCUCUUGUUACAGACGAUCUCUCUUCGUGUGCCAAUACAAAUCCUGGGCAAAUACCUGCCUGCGCUACUUUCUGAUGUACUCAAGCGACUUCAAAGCAAAAAGAAGGGGCAACAUAUUGCGUUUGAUAGAUUCACGAGAACCUUUACGAACUGGAUGACGAUGUGUUUCUUGAAUGAAAAUAUGGGAGGACCUGAUACGAUUAUUCGAGUUUAUGAAGGAUUACAACCAGGACUCUUUGGACAAAUCAUGAGUUUAUUUGUUCUUCCAGAUUUGAGCAAAUUGGUUGAACCUGUCGAACGAAGAACAGGCGCUGCUGGCAUCAUUCAUUUGUUGUGUCGUUCUGAAGUCAUAUUCCAAGCGCCCUAUGUGAACCAGCUAUGGUUAAGUACGCUCUUGGCUCUAUUGAAAUUACUCGAACUGCCUUUAUCUGUGGAUGCGGACGAGGUGGACGAGUUGUAUACAUUUGAUCUAGAGGAAGGAGGGUACCAAACGUCGUUUGCCAAACUGGCCACGGCCAAUCCUGUACCUGAGGAUCCUACCAAGGACUUGCCUCCUAGCCACAUCUAUCUUGCCACUCAAUUGGCAAGUUUGCCACAAGCUAAGCGUGACCUAUUGAAGCCACUGAUUGGACAGUCUCAGGAAGCGAUGACUUAUUUACCAAGAUACUUUGAAGAAGCAAAAGUCCCAUUCUUGUGA